AUGGUCAUCAAGUUCACAUCGAACAGUGUCAGCCCACCGGUAACCAUUUACAUGGGUGUUGAUAAGGUUGAAAACGAAGAUUUGAUUAAGUAUGGAUGGCCUGAAGACGUAUGGUUCCACGUUGACAAACUCUCUUCUGCCCACGUCUAUCUUCGACUCACACCUGGAAUGACAAUCGAUUCAAUUCCUGAAGCAUUGCUUGAAGAUUGUUGUCAACUGGUUAAGCAGAAUUCAAUUGAAGGAUGCAAAUUGAACAACGUUGCCAUCGUCUACACUAUGUGGUCAAAUCUCAAGAAAACCGGUGACAUGGCUGUCGGACAGGUUGGAUUCCACAGUCAUAAGCAAGUUAAGCAUACUGUCGUGGAGAAAAAGAUAAACGAAAUCGUCAAUCGACUGGAAAAGACUCGUUGGAAAGGAGACAUUGACUAUAAGCAAGAACGAGACGCACGCGAUGCAAAAGAGCGUCAAAAGUUGAAAAAGCUAGAACAGGAACGAAAGGAUCGCGAGAAAAAGGAGAUGUUGGCUAAAAAUGAGCAGAAGAAGAUUCAAAAUUAUGAAGAUGUAGACUGGGAUGCCGGAACAACUCGCAACGACGAAGACGCUGGAAACCUUUCAGAUGAUUUCAUGUGA